AAAAUGGCGAGCUCCAUUGCAGGAGACGUGAGUCGGUCUUUAAAAGAGGUUCUUUAUGAAACCCUCACGGCUAUAUUAUCCCCGGAUCAUAAUGUUCGAGUCGCUGCUGAAGAACAAAUAAAGGCCUUAGAAGUCACUGAAGAGUUUGGCGUGCACCUGUCAGAGUUCACUGUGGAUCCUAAUGGCCCUCUGGCAAUCAGACAGCUGUCAUCAGUCCUUCUCAAACAAUAUGUUGAAGUCCACUGGUCUGUGCACUCCGAGAAAUUCAGAGCACCAGAAACCACUGACCAGGCAAAAGCAGCGAUUCGUCACAUGAUACCGGUUGGUCUGACCGAGUCGAUCAGCAAAGUUCGUUCUAGUGUCGCAUACGCCAUCUCUGCCAUCGCACAUUGGGACUGGCCUGACGCUUGGCCGGAGCUGUUCCAGCAGCUAAUGCACACUCUAACGACAGGAGAUCAGAAUGCUGUACACGGAACCAUGCGUGUUCUCACGGAGUUCAUGAGAGAGGUCACUGGAGUUAACCAGGUGCCACAAAUAACUCCCGUGAUACUGCCAGAAAUGUACAAGAUAUUCACACGUGCGGACGCCUACAGUAUAAGGACACGAUCAAGGGCGGUCGUUAUCUUUACUACGUGUGCGAGUAUGAUUGCGGAUAUGGAGGACAUGGACAAGAGAGUGAAAGGCCUGAUUUAUCCGUUCCUGCCACAAUUCACUGAGGCCUUUGUGCAGUCACUCCAAGUGCCGGAUAGUGCCACUUCGGACAGCGGCUUGAAGAUGGAAGUACUCAAGGCGCUGACGGCUCUAGUGAAAAACUUUCCAAAGCAGAUGGCACCCUACAUGAACACCAUCCUUCAGUCGGUGUGGAUAACACUGACCGAGAGCGCCACCAUCAUCAUCGCGCUAUGUAAGCUCAUCCAGCACAGUAUCACGAGCAACGACGCACGCCUGCAGGAGAUCCAGGUGAAGGGGGACCAGAUCUACGCGCAGCCGAGCGGAGUGCAGACGCGUGCACGCGCCGCCGAGGCGCCCGACCGAUGGACCGUCGUGCCGAUUCUCGUUAAGAUGUACAAGCUCAUCAUUAACGAGCUGUCGAACCAGAUGGAGACAAACAUUUCAAAGUCCCUCGACGACGGCCAGGACGACGACUGCGAGGUACAUCUAUGGACCAACAGUCCUGACCAGUUUGUUGAAGACGAAGAUGAGGACACAUUCUCGUACUCUGUGAGGAUAUCAGCACAGGAUCUACUGCUGACUCUGAGUAGCGAAUUCCAGUGCGCCACAGCGACUGGCAUUUGCAGCGCCACCAUGCGGCAUUUACAUGAAGCGGAGACCACCAAAAACUCGGGAACACACCCUUAUUGGUGGAAGAUUCACGAGGCGUGCAUGCUCACACUCGGCAGUGUCAAGGAUCUCAUAAUAGAACAGCUGCAGGAGAAGGCAGUCACCUUCGAUGUUGUCGGCUUUCUACAGAACGUUGUUCUCGCAGACCUCAACGCCCCAGUCUCGCCAUUUCUGCUUGGACGAGCGUUGUGGGUAGCGAGCAGAUUUGCAAUGCUCAUGCCUGCCGAAGUAAUGCAAAGGUUUCUUCAAUCGACUGUGGCAGGUCUUCAGGAUACUCAGCCUUCGAGCGUGAGAAUUUCAGCAGCGCGAGCCGUAUUCGGGUUCAGCGAGCAUCUAAAAAGUUUGAACAGCACUCAAGUAAUCUUACCGUAUCUCGAACCGAUCAUGCACGGACUCGUUACCCUGGCAACCCAGUUCUCAGCAGACGUCUUGGCUCUCGUCCUAGAGACGAUCUGCAUAGUUGUUUCUGUGGAUAAAGAAUUCACUGCGUCUUGUGAAGCAAAGGCAGUGCCACUGACCAUAGCUAUAUUUCUUAAAUAUAAUUCUGAUCCAUUGAUAGCGGCGCUAUGCCAGGACAUAUUCAAGGUUUACGCGCAGAACGAAGUGGCGCGGCCCAUGCUACAUCAGCGCCUCCUGCCGACGAUAAACAGCAUCCUGCAAGCUCCGGCCGACAAGGUUCCGCCGGGGAUGCCGUCCAAUGCCCUUGACGUACUCUGCAUCAUGGUGAGACACUGCUCCAAACCUCUCCCUGACAUCAUGAUCACCGAAGCGUUUCCGUCGGCGGCGCGUUGCACAUUGAGCACCGACGAUAACGCCACCAUGCAGAGUGGAGGCGAGUGUCUGCGAGCGUUCGUAUCCGUGGCCUGUGAUCAGAUUAGCCUGUGGCAAGACGAGCAGGGCAGACACGGACUCUGGUAUUUCGUGCACAUGUUUACAGGUACGCCGUGCACGUUUGUCACAGGUCGCGUACACUGUGUUUUACAGGUACGUCGUGCACUCAUUAACAGGUUCUGCGCGUUUGCCGCUCGGAGGACAACCUGGAGCUCGCUGCUGUCGCGCGCCGUUCUCAGCAAGAUGCAGCAGGCUGACACGCUCAGUGUCAUUUGCAGUGUGUUGUACGGUGUGAUGUGUUGCAUACAGUGUGUCGUACCAGGCCUGUUGUGGUCGUACAGGUUGUGUCGGUACAGCGCUGUGUCGUCAGGUGAGACAACCUGGCAGCUGCUGCUGCGUUGCCGUGCUCAGCAAGAUAGGCAGCAGGCUGACACGCUGUUCACGUGUCAUGAAGGUGUGCUCCUGCUCAGCAAGGAUUGCCAGCAGGCUGACACACUGUUCAGUGUCAUGCAGGAGGAGUCUGACGAGGAGCUGGGGGAAGGUGAGGAUGGAGACGACCCGUCCAUGCAGACGCUACAGGAUCUACUCGCUCCCGCCGAAGAUUACGCAGGGUACGACUUCGACGCCAACGACAAUGACGACGACGAGGAUGAUGAGGAUGCCCUGAACGAUCCUCUAUAUCAGGUGAAUCUGCAGCAGUAUUUGAUGGAGUUUCUGCGGGAGCUGAGUCAGCAGCCUUACUACAGUACGUUUAGCGCGCACCACACGGACUGUGAACGAAAGGUGCUGGCUAACAUCGGCAUCAACGCAUAGCCGGUUAACACGUGCGAGCUCUCACUUACUCUCUCAUUUCCUCCCUGCUAACUUGCCUUCUCGUCUGUCUCUCCCCAUAUAUCCGUUUAUACUCUCGUAUUUUUCCCCGUUCCGACACCUUCCACUCAGAAUCUCUCUCUCUCUCUCUCUCUCUCUCUCUCAUUUCUAUUCCUGUUAUGAUCACUUCCCUUUUGUAUCCUUCUCCUUAUAUAGCAACUUCCCCUGUAUUCUUUGGCACACAUCUUUGCUAAGUGUAGGCACAGUAUAUUAUUUCGUACAUGGCGCCAGUGCUGAGGCAAGGUUUCCUAUUUUGUUGACGCGAUUUGUAUUUUUUGGGAGAAAACGGGUUGAAGAUUUUAAUCGUGAGGACACCCAAUGCGCGCAGGGAAGAUGACACAUGCGAGUGGGAGGACUGCGGUAUUCGAAUGUGCCGCUUAUACGCUCCAAGAGACGGGUCAGCACGGACAAGAGAUUUGCAGUUACGUCGAUAUUUACGUAGACAGAUCUGCCAGUCCGCCGGUUCGCAACCGGUCGACGCAAAAUAACGAAUCUAUCUACGAUGCUAAUGCAGCGGGGUGCAGUGUUACGUUUAUGCGCAUAUGCAUUCAACUGUUGUAAAUGCAUUGCAAGUUCGACGCUUCGCUGUGUGAGGGCGUGCGAAACUGGUAGUAUCGACAGGCUUCUGGUCUGAAUGUUGCUUAUGCGUGACUCGCAUGACUGCAGGCCUCAGAAUUUAUAGUUUGAGCAGCGGGGAGGGAGGGGGGGGGAAGACGUGAAUAGUCGGAGCCUGAUGGCAAGCCAUUCCACACAGAGACAAAGGGUGUCUAUUCUCUAUCAUGAUAUCGUACGGAGUGGAAGUAAACACGUUAGGAAAAUGUCAUAUGUGUGUGUAUGACUGUUGUGACAUGUAAUAUAAUAGAUUUUGUAUGUUAAUGCUUCGUGUAGAUGUUUCCCAAAACAAAUGUCCCGGUAUGAAUUCAAGAGCAAUGAACUUGGCUUGUAGAGCAUGUGAUUUUAUAGUGACACACGAUUUUGCUUCUUAAACCUACAUACGGGCUCAUAUUUUCUGAAUUUUAAUAAAAUAUUACUGUAUUAUACAAAUUGA